UCAACAUGACGGCUGAAGAUAACGGAAUGACUUUACAGCCAAAUACAACAGUUAUAGUAGUGCAUUAACUAAUAUGCUACUAUGAUAAUCAGACUGGUGCAGGAAACAACACAACUGCAAUGGGGGCGGACUCGGCCAACUUACCAAUACAUCAGAUUUUUAUGAUAACGUCAUACGUGUUUAUCUGCUUGUGUGGACUAAUAGGAAAUGGGCUAGUGAUUUAUGUUGUAUUGAGGUUUUCUAAAAUGAAAACCGUAACAAAUCUGUACAUAUUAAAUCUAGCGGUGUCGGAUUUCCUGUUUCUGUUGAGCCUGCCAUUCCUAAUAACUACAACUAUUCUGGAAUACUGGAUAUUUGGCAGAGCAAUGUGUAAAAUAUAUUUUGUAUUUUUCUCAAUAAAUUUCUUUACAAGUGUGUUUACACUUACAGCCAUGUCUGCUGACCGAUAUCUCGCAGUUUGCCAUCCAGUCCGGUCAGUGUACUACAGAACAACGAGAAUAGCUUUCUUCGUUUGUCUUAGUAUCUGGUCCAUAUCGUUUUUCGUCAUGCUGCCAAUAAUUCUAUACUCAACUACAGUCUCAAACCAGAAAUACGCCGACAAAGAUACGUGUACAAUUCACUGGCCGGAUGACCAGCCAAUUCCUGGCGAUAAAGCCUUUACGUGGUAUACGUUCUUGCUCGGAUUCCUCAUACCAGUUGCUUUGAUAUCAGUGUUUAAUAUAUCUGUCGUUCUACGGUUAAAAAGUGUUGGUCCCAGCAAGAAAUCAAAAGAAAGGAAAAAGUCAAAUAGGAAGGUCACUCGAAUGGUUCUUGCUAUGAUUUCCGUGUACGUUAUUUGCUGGCUACCUUACUGGUGUUUCCAAGGAAAUCUUACAUUUAAAGCAUCAGGUACCAAAGUGCCGAGUUGGCAAAUAUAUAUGUUUAGCGCCUUCACAGUGUUAUCGUUUGCCAAUAGCAUGAUAAAUCCAAUUUUAUAUGCUUUUUUAAGUGAAGUGUUUAGGAAGAGCUUUUUGAAAGCUUUCAACUGCGUCCAGUUUAUUGAAUCGUCACGACGUCACACAGCAGAUAAUAGCAUAUUUCCAAGAUCAACAACACGAAAAGAAAACGGAAAAGAUGAAAAUUAUGAAUUUACGUCAAUGGAGAAUCAAACGGAAAAUACAUGUAUGCAUACAAAUAAUGCAUUUCAGCUGAAUAACAUAGAUGUUCACAAAUACGAACCGAAUGGAAACGAGGAAAAGGUCCUUGAAGCUGAUAUUCAAUAUGUUGAUAAGGAAAUACAAACAAAGCAUGGCCAAGAAGAAUUAUAAUUCUCUAUAGUUGCAUAGUGGUUUCCAGAAUGCACUUGAAAUAAGAGCGUGUAUCAAUGAGUUAUUGAAAAACUAAUUAUUGUUAUUUCAAAAAUAUGUUUUGUUUGCGAAAAGGUACUCUUUUGAUGGUUAUUGGUGAUCAAAAACAUUUUAUGUGAAGUGACGAGAUAAGGACAAAAUUGUUCGUGUAUAAAGUAAUUGAAAUAUUAAAAAAACGAAGUGAAUAAUAGACAAACGUCUUCAGAAUAUUGAAAUGAUUUCAUGUUAUUGCUUUACUUGCUGUGUAUAUAGCUUAAACGCAUCUGAUAAGCUUCGUUAUCAAAAAAUUAGCUGGACUAACAUGACUGUCUUUAGCUGAUAAUCAAAUUUAAUAGCUUCUGAUUACUUUGCGUGACGCUGUUACAUCAAUAUGUCAUUAGUAGUUUAAAUCCUGCUGUAAAUAAGUAUUUGUCUCGGUGUAAUUAUACAUGAAGUAUAUUGAUUGA